CUACCCACACCCAUCAUUGUUGCCCUAAUUCCAAAGCUUCUGACUCCAAUGGACUCCAAACUCCAUCCCUGGAUCUAAUAGCGACCUUGAGGAACAUCCCCUAAUCCAUGCGAACAAUCUAGCUCCAAGCUCUUAUUCCUCCCGCCUCAUUCACUGUCGCAUCUAUAUUAACUUUUAUAGCCCCUGCCCCAGGCUUCCGCCUUUUCUCCAACCUCGUGCUAAAUCUCAAGCAUUUAUCAUCCCAUCCGCACAUCAUACCACCGCCAUACUGCUUUGAUUGUCCCCUUCUUAAACAAAAUUAUUCCUUCACUUCCAAAUACUCUAGAAGAUUGCUAUAAACCAUCCACGGUUGGUUUUAUUACUCCCUUCCAGAAUGUCCUUUAUCCAUAACUCAGAGCUGUCCACUGAAGUUUGUUGUCACCAGUUCGCUGCACUCCAGACCUCCCUAGUCGUCGGACAGUCAUGGAAAAGGUGAGUUGUCGAUUUCUCCUCUUCGCUGCAAGCCCUGCAAGUCAAAGAAACAAAAACAGAAUCAAACCCAAUUCCUUCGCAGCAGUGUCUGCCAAUUUGAUCCGUCCACCUAGAUCUCCUCCUCAAUAUCUGAAUCUGAGCUUCGUCGCAGCUCCAAUGGAUUCCUCGGACGAAGAGGGAGAGGAAUACCUCUUCAAGAUAGUGAUCAUUGGCGACUCUGCUGUCGGGAAAUCCAAUCUGCUAUCCCGCUAUGCCCGGGACGAGUUCAACCACAACUCCAAGACCACAAUUGGAGUAGAGUUCCAAACCCAGACGCUUGAAAUCGACGGCAAAGAAGUGAAGGCCCAGAUUUGGGACACCGCCGGCCAAGAGCGGUUCCGCGCAGUUACUUCAGCUUACUACCGCGGCGCCCUCGGCGCACUCGUCGUCUAUGACAUUAGCCGCCGUACUACUUUCGAUAGUAUCCCACGUUGGCUCGAGGAGCUUCAAACACAUUCUGAUGCAACCAUUGCAAGGAUGCUUGUUGGCAACAAAUGUGAUUUGGGAGAUAUCAGGGAUGUGAGUGUAGAAGAGGGGAAAAGCCUGGCAGAAGCCGAAGGGUUGUACUUUAUGGAGACAUCUGCUCUGAACUCAAAAAAUGUGAAGGAGGCUUUUGAGAUUGUUAUCCGAGAGAUAUAUAAUAGAGUUAGCAGAAAGGUUUUGAACUCCGAUUCUUUUAAAAACGAGGUAUCUGUUAACCGAGUUAACCUUGUUAGUAAUGGAUCCUUGGAUGCAUCUAAUAAGCAAAAUCAAGGCUAUUCUUGUUGUUCCAGGUAAUCCUAGCUGGGUUUCUAUACUCCAACAACCAUUUAUUUCUAGGUGUACGAACCAGUGCUUAUCUGGUACAACUGGAUUAGAUUGGUUACCGAUUUAUGGUGUAGUGGUUUGGUUGGUCUUUGUCUCUUCAUUUGUUUAAUUAUAUUUGUUAUUUGCAAGAUAUCCUACAGUUUGUUACACAUGACAAGGUCAUUAUAUAUACAAGUCAUAAAGAUGAUUUAAUAGUGGUAGUGUACUAGUGUUGUAGUACAAUGUCUUGUUUUUUUUUUUUUAUUGUAUGAAUGAUUUCAGCAUCAAUAUAUAAAUCCUGUAAUUGAAAGCUGAUAUUGCUCCUUUAAGGUUUCUGAACUCAUUGAAAUUGUCCAAAAGAUUUUGUAUGGAUUAGUGUUAAUGAAACUGCAUGAGUUUGUGAA